CUCCCUCAGCCUCUCCUCAUAGGGUCUGUGCUCGAGUCCCUUCACCAGCCCAGUUGCCUCCUUUGGACCCGUUCCAGGACAUUGAUAUCCUUCACAAUGAAAAGCCUUUAGAUUUAGCAGAGAAAGAAGUGGAAGUAUUGUACCUACUUCAUGCUGAGGGAGGUGGAUCCUUAAGUACAUGCAGCUUUCUUUGUGGUUACAAAAAAUCUGACGUUGUUUUCCCAAAGACUGUAGUUUGGAUAGCUCUAUCCCAGUGCUGCAAUUGUUGAUUCUGGAACGUUGCCCUUGUUAAGCCUUGUUAAGGUUUGUACCUCCUGGCUUUGUGACAAGACUUGUGUGGCCUCUGUGGUACUGAAGCAACCAGCUUCUGAAGCAACCAGCUCCUUGCUUCAUGCUGCAUAGGCUGCGGAAUUCUUUUAAACAGAUGUUUGCAAUCUGAAUAGAAGGAAGGAGGUAACUUUAAUAAGUGAUAACAUGAGACUUAAUAGCUCUUCUCCAUUAAUCUGUAGCUGAUGGAUGUAUCCAGCUUGUACAUUUCACUCUGUACUGAAAUGGCUCCUUGCACCAGUGCCACAGGACUGCUCCUCUGAUGCCAUACACGUCUCCGUGGGACCUGUGGAUGUCUUCCCUCUGAAUGGCUCUCCUGCAGCUUUCCAGUCUCUCCACGCUGCUGCUGUGGGCUUGGGUGGGCUCCUUCUCCUGCCACAACACAGUUGCUCCCCCACAAGACCUUCAGAUCACUGACCCUGGACUUUUAGGUUCUCUCGAUAUAGAGUGGAAACCUCCACCCAAUGUACAAAGUUCAAGUGAAUGCACAGUGAAAUACAAGCUUGAAUACUGCAACUCUGGUGACAGAGAUUGGAAGGUUAUUUUUACUAAGAAGCUAAAAUUCAGAGCUGGAUUUGACCUCAGCAGGACUGCUGAAGUAAAGGUACAGACACUGCUUGAAGGAAGGUGUACCAGCAACGUGGAGGUGCAAAGUGACUGGAUUUAUGCCACCUUUCAGAUCCCAUUGCAAGGAAAAGUCGAAUCAGAGGUUCAGAAUUUCAACUGCAUCUAUCACAACUGGGAAUACCUCAAGUGUACUUGGCAACCAGGUGUCCUUGCUCCUCAUGGUGUACAUUAUGGACUGUACUAUUGGUAUGAGGGGCUGGACCACGCAGCACAGUGUGAUCAUUAUAUCCAGGAUCAUGGUAUAAACAUUGGCUGCAUGUUGCAGAAUCUGAGCCAGGCAGAAUACAGGGAGCUGAGCAUUUGUGUCAAUGGUUCAGCAGCAGCCACUCUGGUACAGCCACUGUACAUCACCCUUCACCUUCACAACCUAGCAAAGCCCUUUCCCCCAAAGGACCUGGUGGUUUCCAUGUCUGCAGCAGAGGAGCUACAGGUGGCUUGGAGCCCACCGGGUGGCAAAACACCUCCCCAGUGCUUGGAGUAUGAGGUUCAGCUGACAGAAGAUCAGGGGGAGACCAAAGCUGCCUGGGUGUCUGUGCCGACUCAACUGGAGACCACUUUAACCAUUCCCAGAGCAAAUCACAGUCGCAUCUCAUGUGUUCGUGUCAGAGGAAGAACAAAUAUUUUCUGUGCUGACCAGGGCUUUUGGAGUGAAUGGACACAGGAAUGUUUCUCUGUGCCCAGAAAAGGGAACAAGCAGCUACUUAUCCUCAUUUCAGUCGUCAUGAGUUUGUCAAGUAGCCUCAUAAUAUUUCUGUUGAUUGGCCAGUGCAAGAAAAGAUCCCCAGCAGGAAAGCCAGUGAAUGCAUCGGUGGGAUGCUAACUCUGCCCAUGGCUGCUGUAUCACUUGCGUUUGAUGGAUUGCUCUUAGAAUCUCAUCCCAAGGAGAGCCAAAUAGCCAUGAGCUUUCUAUAGCCCAUGUGGAUCUUUCUUCCCUGCUGCCCUCUGCAAGGCUCAUUGCUGCAAUUUAUGUCCUCAGUGGGCCCAGGAAAACAUUGAAGGAAUUUUAAACUGACUCAGGAGCAAGCUGUUUCUGAUAACAGGACAAGGGAGAAAAAGGAGGCAGCAGAAACUGCUCUGAAUAAAGAUAACACAUUGCUCUGUGGGUUUGUUUGUUUGUUGUAU